AUGAUAACUAGAAUGGAAAGACUACCUAAUGAAAUUCUUCUUUAUAUUUUUUCUUAUCUUGAAUGGUUCGAUAUGUUAAUAUCUUUUUGGUCAUUAAAUAUUCGGUUCAACUUUCUUGUGUGUUCAACUCUUUCAAAAACUGGUGGUAAUCUAUCAAAUUCUGGUAUUCUUAUUAAACAGGGUUUAUCUUAUAAUAAAUAUCGUUCAAUAUUAUUUCCAUUGAUUUUAAAUUCUUCAUCUCUUUCUUCUUCUAUUAAACGUAUUCAUUUUGAUGAAACAAAUUCAAUUGCUUCUGAUCUUUGUUAUGAAUGGUUGUUUAAUGAUAAAAAAAUUCUCCAUUUUUCUAAUCUUAAAUCACUUAUUAUAACUGGAUGUGGAUCAAUUGAACCGAUAAUUCAAUGUUUAUCUUAUCUUAUUGAACAUCAAUUAGAUGAACUCACGUUAACAUUUGAUUGGCGAGUGUUCACGAUUUUUUUUGAUGAAGAAAAACAAGUGUCAAUGGUUUCUGAUAUAGGUAAUCAAUCGUUUAUAUGA